AUGGCGGACCUCGAAGAAGCAAUUCUCCAGAUGGCGACUCUCCUGCAGAAGUUAGCACAACCCACUCCAACGCCUAACAACGCAGACCGAUACGCGGACCUUUUCGAUUCGGACGCCAAGAAUCUGGAAGAUGCCGCAAAAGUUCGUUUGCUGCUGAGGAAGUUGGAUACACCAUCACAUACACGGUAUACCAACUACAUUCUGCCAAAGCUUCCCAAAGAUAUCAACUUUACUGACACCGUCGAAAUCAACAAGAAGAUUUUCGGAUCGCAAACGUCUGUCUUCAACAAGCGCUACCAGUGUCUGCAGUUGAUGAAAUCAGAAGUCGAAGACAUUAUCAGUUACGGCGGAAAGGUAAACCGUGCAUGCGAAGAUUUCGAUUUCAAGAACAUGAAAAUUGACCAGUUCAAGUGCUUGGUUUUUGUCUGUGGCCUUAAAGCGCACUGCUACACAGACAUACGAGCCAGGUUACUUUCUCGCAUUGAGUCUGAAACAGCAGAAGCUCCCGUUACACUCCAAAAUCUGAUCGACGACUAUCAACGGCUCGACAAUCUCAAGGCGGACACAUCCAUGAUCGAGCGUCAAUCAGCAGUCUUCAAAAUCGGAAAAAAAAAUCACCUCGCAAACCUCAAAAUCACCUCGCAAACCUUGUUGUGCAACCGCAGUGGUCACAAGGAAGGAUACUGUAAUUGUUUUUCCAAGAUGAAAUCAGUUUCUUCUGGUGAAGAGAAGAAGUUACCGAACAGACCAAGAAAAUCUGGUAAAGCCAAAUCCCGAAGAAUCUUUAUUGUGAACCACAUCGCUCAACACUCAAGCAAGCGAAAGUACGUGACUACCAUCAUUAACGGCGUGGAAGUCAAGCUGCAGUUAGACACAGCAAGCGACAUCACAGUGAUAUCUAAGCGAACCUGGAACUCGCUAGGUAAACCUUCUAUCAAGAAACCAACGAUUCAAGCCAUGAACGCAUCGGGAAAGCCGCUUCAUUUGUUUGGUGAGUUUCAUUGCGACGUCACCAUCAACGGUAACACAAGAAAAGGAAGAUGUUUCGUCACAACGUCUAUCAAUCUCAAUAUCCUUGGUAUCGAUUGGAUCGAACUUUUCAAGUUGUGGUCAGUUCCCAUCGAUUCGGUCUGCAAUCAAGUAAAAACAGAAUCGGUAGAGCAGCGAAUUUGUAAAUUCAAAACGCAGCACGCAGAAGUGUUCAACGAUUCCUUGGGACAUUGCAGGAAAACGAAGGUAAAGCUCUUUUUGAAACCAAAUUCCAAACCGAUUUUCUGUCCCAAGCGACCGGUUCCCUUUAAUACCAUUUCAUUGGUGGACGCCGAACUAACACGGUUGGAAACUUCUGGUAUAAUACAGCCAGUCGACUUUUCCGAAUGGGCUGCUCCUAUUGUGGCAGUACGCAAGCCAAACGGACGGGUUCGCAUUUGUGCGGACUACUCGACGGGACUUAACGAAGCAUUGGAGGCAAACCACUAUCCGCUUCCAACUCCUGACGAAAUUUUUGCUCAACUCAAUGGUAGCACAGUGUUCAGCAUCAUUGAUCUGUCCGAUGCGUAUCUACAACUCGAAGUUGAUGAUAGUUCCAAGAAGUUACUCACCAUCAACACGCAUCGUGGUCUGUAUCAAUUUAAUCGCCUUGCUCCAGGAGUAAAGUCCGCUCCAGGAGCUUUCCAGCGUUUGGUGGAUGGAAUGAUUUCAGAUAUUCCUGGUGUCCGCUCUUUCAUCGACGAUGUUAUCGUAUUCUCAAAGGACAUGAAGUCGCAUCUAGUAUCACUCAAUUUACUGUUCCAGCGACUGAAGGAGUAUGGUUUCCACGUCAAAGCUGAGAAGUGCCAUCUCUUUCAAACACAACUUGCCUAUUUGGGACACAUCGUAGAUAAAGAAGGCAUUCGUCCUAAUCCCGAGAAGUUGAAGAGCAUUGCUGAACUUCCUGCCCCGACAAACGUUCCCGAAUUACGGUCAUACCUAGGAGCGGUCAACUUCUAUGCAAGAUUCGUUCGCAACAUGCACGAGUUACGUCAUCCAAUGGACCAGGAAUAG